GAAGAGCGAAGGGGCCUAGAGGUCUCCGCCGAAACCGUGUGUGUGAGGCCGGCGGCCGGCAGGAGAGGUGUCCGGGGUGGACUGGCCGGAGAGGGAGCCCCUUUCCCGAACGGCCGGAGGAGGCCACCUAGAGGGCGGACAGAGGCAGGGAGGGCCAGCAUGCCCCCAAUGCUGUUCCCCGCUCUGCCGCUGCUCCUGGGCGCCACGCUGACCUUCCGGGCGCUCCGGCACGCGCUCUGUCGCCUGCCCCUGCCUGCGCACGUGCGCGCCGACCCCCUGCGCACCUGGCGCUGGCACAACCUUCUCGUCUCCUUCGCCCAUUCCAUUGUGUCAGGGAUCUGGGCGCUGCUGUGUAUAUGGCAGACCCCUGAGAUGCUGGUGGACGUUGAGAGCGCAUGGUCGCUCUCUGGCUAUCUGCUUGUUUGCUUUUCCGCAGGGUACUUCAUCCACGACACGCUGGAUAUUGUGGUUAGCCAUCAGGCACGAGCUUCUUGGGAAUACCUCGUCCACCACGUCAUGGCUAUGGGUGCCUUCUUUUCAGGCAUCUUUUGGAGCAGAUUUGUUGGUGGAGGCGUCCUAACACUGCUGGUGGAGGUCAGCAACAUCUUUCUCACAAUACGCAUGAUGAUGAAGAUCAAUAAUGCCCAGGACCUCCUCCUCUAUCGAGUCAACAAAUACAUCAACUUGUUUAUGUACUUUCUUUUCCGCCUGGCCCCUCAGGCCUACCUCACCCAUUUCUUCCUGGGUUACGCCGGCCAGAGGAACCUGGGAACUUUUCUGCUGGGCAUCCUGCUUAUGCUGGAUGUCAUGAUCCUCAUCUACUUUUCCCGCCUCCUCCGCUCUGACUUCUGCCCCCAAGGUGUCCCCAGCCGGCAACACAAAGACAAGUUCUUGAUUGAGUGAAAAGCACAGUUAGGGACUUGUGGCAAGGACAGCAAACACAGCCAAGAACACCCUCACACGGACUGAGAAGAGACUUAGCCCCUUGCCUGAGCUGUCCUCUGGGGCCAGCCACUCCACCUUUCAAACCUGCACCCACUAUUGAAAACACUAAUGAAAGCACUCUUCUGAAGUCCUUGUCCUUCCUUGGGCAAGGGGUGAGGGAAGCAGACAGACCGGUUGGACAUGGUGCUACCGGAAAGCCAGCCAACCCACAAUGCCCUGAAAUGGAUGUUAAUGAAAACUCUGGAUAUUGGUUUCAUACAAAGCCUCUUCCAGAGAUAAAGGAAGGGGUUCUUGCAAAGCUUCUUGCUUGGUCUCUUACCUCAUGAUGGAGGCCAAGUUGUAGUUGUCCUAAGACAACCAACUCUAGUCUGGGUCACAAAUAUCUGUUACAGGUAUGGUGAGGUGAUAGGGCUGAGUGUUCCAGGUUAAGGAGACCAAGAGUCUUGCCCAAGCCUUGUUACUUAGAUGUGUAUAUACCACAGUAUGGCCUCCCACCCAGAAAUCAACAUAAAGAAAAGAAGCAUACA